AUGCGAGUGUGUGUGACUCGGAGCUGGGCGCCCCCGGCUGGAGGGAACCUCUGGACUGCGUCCGAGCCUCCGAACUGUGCAACCAGAACAGCCAGUGCAGCUCGCGGUACCGGAUCAUGCGUCAGUGCCUGUCCGGCGGGGACAAGGAGCGCAGCGCCAUGCUGGCCUCCAAGGAGUGCCAGGGCGCGCUGGAGGUGCUGCAGGACUCGCCGCUGUACGACUGCCGCUGCAAGAGGGGCAUGAAGAAGGAGCUGCAGUGCCUGCAGAACUACUGGAGCAUCCACAUGGGCCUGACCGAAGGUAAGACCCGCAGAGCGAACGACGCUCCCGCCGCAGCUCGAUUUCCCCUCAGACCAGAGAAAACGUCCCGCACGCAGGAGGACACAGACGCCUGCGCAUCCACGGCUGCGUGCCGUUCAGUUUGCGCGGAGCCUCGAGUGCCAACAGUAACUAACGAGCGGGAGGACAACCAGCGUGGAG